GUGCACGAACUGUCAAAGCAAGAACAUGUGUCUAGUUCGCGCUUUCUCGAGACGCGGAGCACCUCGUGGGCCCAACCAUAUGGUCAGUCAAUCGUUUCUCUGUCAACUCAAGUGCACUUUAUCGCGACGAAGGAAAGCGGCGAAGAUCAGUCGCCGUCGUCGUCGGAGAUUGCCGGAGAUCGCGGACCGUUCGUUCGAGGUAUUUUCGCGCCAAACUAUCCGGACGCAUCGUUGCACCGGGGGACUCUUAUAUAUGCCUUCAACGCGACGUAUGUUGCUGCUGAUAAGCGUCACGAAUUCUUUUGCGAAAGAAUGACGGGUGCUACGUACAUAAUAGGAUUUUUGUUAUUGAGAGGGAUAGCAGCAUGGACUGUUGAUAUUGCAAAGGAUAUAUCUGUACAUAUGAACCAUGUGAUAUCAGUUCCAUUUAGUAUAUCUAAUAAUUUAUCAAAAUUUUCCAAAAUUACUGUCAAUACUGAGCACUAUGAUAUCGCAAGCAUUUUUCCAACUGAAAUACUGCUCAAUGAAACUUCUUUUAAUGGCACUUUAAAUAUCACUGGUGUGUUUCUUGGUAGAACAAAAUUAUUCUUCUCUUUGGAGGAAAAUGAGGAUCAUUUUUUUGAAAGUCGUCAGGAGGUAUCUCGUAUUGUUGUAGUACGAGAAGAACGUACAAUAGAUACUAUAUUCACUGCCAGUGUUGCAAUACUUGUAUCCAUUUUGUAUAUUAAUUUUGGCUGCGCAAUGGAUUGGAAUGUAUGCCGCGACACAUUAAAGAGGCCAAUAGGUCCAGCUAUAGGAUUCUUUUGCCAAUUUAUGAUUAUGCCAGUGUUAAGUUUUCUCAUUGGAUAUUUUUUAUUUUCUGAUCGUCCUGAACUGCAAAUAGGCAUGUUCUUCACAGGAAUAAGCCCAAGUGGUGGUGCUUCUAAUAUUUGGACAGUAUUACUUGAUGGCAAUUUAAAUCUUUCGAUCACAAUGACCACUCUAUGUACCAUUGCUGCAUUUGGAAUGAUGCCGUUUUGGAUCUUUACAUUAGGCAGACAUAUUUUUGCGCAAGGAGAAAUCGCAGUACCCUACCGUCAAAUUGGCACUUUUGUGAUUGGUCUUAUAAUUCCACUGGUUAUAGGAUUUGUCAUCCAAAAGAAGCUUCCAAGAGUGUCAAGGAUAUUAGUUCGGAUAAUGAAACCUUUCUCUAUAAUUUUAAUUAUAUUCAUUGUUAUAUUUGCCAUUAUGACUAAUUUGUAUCUCUUCAAAUUAUUUUCAUGGGAGAUUAUAAUCGCAGGAAUGGGUUUGCCUUGGUUGGGUUUUACAUGUCUUGUAGUAGCGAAAAUCUGCAGACAAUCCCAAGCCGACAUACGAGCAAUAGCCAUUGAAACGGGUAUUCAAAAUACUGGUGUAGAUUUUUUAUUACGUUUUACGUUAAAACCACCUGCAGACGACCUAACUACUGUGCUUCCUGUGUCUACCGCAAUUAUGACUCCAAUACCAUUAACAGUUCUAUACAUAAUAAAGUUAAUUUAUCAAUAUACGCAAAAAAAACGGGUAAAAAUGAUAUUAGAGACUGUUCCAUCAUUAGAAAAACUCCAACAAACUACAGAAAUUUCUACUAUCGCGCAACCAAAUGAAUCUAAAACAAUUGAUCGAUUUAAUGAUGAUUGAAUUGAAUAAAUUCUGUUUCCAUGUUAAA